AUGUUGUCGAGGCAGUGGAACGCAAAUAAGCAGAUCGCCAGGCAGGUCUACCAGCUCCAAAGGGGGCUGGCCAAUAAGACCUCUCCUGUGAACUUGGAGGAGGCCAAGCCCUAUGCUGAUAUUCCGGGUCCCAGCAAAUUGCAAUUAAUAAGAGCUUUUCUGCCAGGCGGUCGCUAUAAAGACCGACCAGUUCACGAAAUGUUUCUUGAUAUGAACCGGCAAUAUGGGAGUAUCUUUAGGAUGCCCAGCAUAGCUGGCACUGAUCUAGUGCUGACCAUGAAUCCCCAGGAUUAUGAGAUCAUCUUCCGUAAUGAGGGCCAGUAUCCUUACAGGAGAAGCUUUGAGGUAAUGGAUUACUUCAAGAAGGUGCACAGGCGUGAGGUUUUCGAUGGCUAUGAUGGUCUGACCUCGGGCAACGGCCCAUCCUGGGGAAAGAUGCGUACCGCAGUCAAUCCCAUACUUCUGCAGCCCCGCAAUGCCAAACUCUAUAUUAAAAACUUGCUGCAGGUCAGCGAUGAUUUUGUAGAGCGCAUUCGUUCUAUUCGUGAUCCUGUGAGUCAGGAAAUGCCAGAUGAUUUUGCAAUGGACAUUCGCCAUUUGGUGAUAGAAUCCAUUGGCUCCGUGGCCCUAAACACACACCUUGGCCUUCUGAGGGAAAACCGGGAAAACAAGGAAGUUAAGCAGCUUAUUUUAGCUCUUCAAGAUGUGGUAGAGCUGGGUUUCCAGUUGGAUAUGAUGCCACCUUUCUGGAAGUAUCUGCCAAUGCCAAACUUCAAGAAACUUAUGCGUUCCCUGGACUUGAUAACCGACUUUUGCAUUUUCCACAUCGAAGAGGCUUUGAAAAGGAUUGAAGCUGAUGCCAAGGCGGGAAAACUCACCGAGCUGGGUCUCGAGACCAGUUUACUGGAGAAGUUAGCUCGUUUCGAUCGUCAAACUGCUGUGAUUAUAGCCAUGGAUUUGUUGUUUGCCGGUGCAGAUCCGACAUUGGUAUCCCUCAGCGGCACUCUGUUGAGCUUGGCCAAGAACCCCGACAAGCAGGCUCGUCUUCUGGAGGAGAUCAGGGGCAUACUCCCCGAGAAAGACUCGCCACUGACCAUGGAGAACAUGAAUAAUCUACCCUACUUGAGGGCCUGCAUCAAGGAGGGCAUCCGUAUGUAUCCCAUUGGCCCGGGAACACUUCGUCGAAUGCCCCAUGAUGUGGUGCUUAGUGGCUACAGAGUUGUGGCUGGAACGGAUGUGGGCAUGGCUUCCAAUUACCAGAUGGCCAACAUGGAGGAGUUUGUGCCCAAUGUUCGCAAAUUCCUACCCGAGCGUUGGUUACGUGAUGAGUCCAACUCCCACCUGGUCGGCGACACGGCCACGCCCUUUAUGUACCUGCCCUUUGGUUUCGGUCCAAGAGCCUGUGCCGGCAAGCGGAUCGUGGACAUGAUGAUGGAAAUAGCCAUAGCCCGGCUGGUGAGGAAUUUCGAAAUCGGUUUCGAAUAUCCCAUUGAAGAUGCCUUCAAGGCAAGGUUCUUUGUUCAGCCAAAUAUACCCUUUAAGUUUAAGUUUGUGGACCGCUGCGAUUAGGCUUCUUAAACUUUAAAAGGAAAAUAUGUUACUCAGGAAGAAGACUAGGGAAGAAAAAUUGUAUAACCUUUGAAAUUUAUAAAAGUGUAUUACUAAAAUAAAACCAUUAUAUCUGAACACAAAA